UUUAUUUGAGAGAGAGAGAGAACACAAGUGGAAGGGAGGGGUAGAGGGAGAGGAGGAAGCGGGCCUCCUGCUGAGGAAGGAGCCCGAUGCGGGGCUCGAUCCCAGGACCCUGAGAUCAUGACCUGAGCUGAAGGCAGAAGCUUAACUGACUGAGCCACACAGGCACCCCUCUACUCGAGUACUUCUGUCUGAAGUAGGAAGAGCCACGAACAUGAGUGGAUGCCACAUAUUGGACGCUUAUUUGUGUGUGUUGUGUUCAUGGAAACCUCCUAACAACUCUAGAUGCUAGAUACUGUUAUGAUCCUAUCUUAGAGAUGUAGAAAGAGGCACAAAGAGCUAGGAAGUCAGAAGAGUCGAUGGUAGAAUCCUGACUAACUGGCUCCAGUAUCUCCCAGCAGAUCGCUUUGAGCAGACCUGUGCCCUCGGGCUCCCCUUUCUCUCAUCCCAAGGGACAACCUUCCUACGUCCUCUUCAUGUUUGUGGUUAGAAACACGGAGACCAUAUAAAAACACGAGCUCUGGAGUCAAAGUUGGAUUCAGGUCCAUUGUCAUCUCUCAUAAGCUCUGGGACCUUGAGUAACUUAAUCUUGUGAAUCCCCCUCUUCCUCAUCCAUUACAUGGGAGCAAUAAUCAUCAUAUCAUCACUUAUUGAGAGUUUAUAUAAUGUGCCAGGCACUGAGCCAGGGCUUUUUUCUUUUUUUGCUGUUUUUUGAACUUUAGGUGUAUUUCACAUAUCAUACCAUUUACCCUUUUAACGUAUAUUCACAAGGUUGUAUGACCACGACCACUGUCUAAUUCCAGAACAUUUUCAUCACCCCAAAAGAAAACCCCCCACCUCUUAGCUAUCACCCCUCACUCCCUGCUCUCUGAGCCCAUUGCAACCACUAAUUCACUUUCUGUCUCUGGAUUUGCUUAGGCAGCUUUGCUAGACUUGCUCACGUAAUCCCCAGAGCAACACUGUUCAUUUAAAUAAGAGACUGUCAAGUUUUUGUUUCAGAUGAAAACAUCUACAAGUCCUAAUUUUAAUUAGUUUUUCCUUACUACAGUGAGCAUAGGAGAGGAGCAGUUACCACUGAGACUCUUCUAGCUGCGUGAGGAAAACUCAAGUAUUCAAACCUCCUACAAAACCAGAUACUGAUGUCAAUUAAACAUCAUUUCAAGACAACAGAUUAUUAAGUAAUAUAGCCAAUCAGAAUUAUGGGCUUUCAGAGAUAAAGUUCUGCCUUCCCAGGACUCUGCCCUCUCCCAGAAGCAGCAGGAGAAAAUGACCAAGUUUCAGGAGAUGGUGACAUUCAAGGACGUGGCUGUGGUCUUCACCAGAGAGGAGCUGAGGCUGCUGGAUUCUACUCAGAGGAAGCUGUACCGGGACGUGAUGCUGGAGAAUUUCAGGAACCUACUCUCUGUGGGAUAUGAACCCUUCAGAUUAGAUACGACAUUACCGUUGGGGAGAGAAGAGAAGCUUUGGAUGAUGGAGACACAAACCCCAGGGGAUGGGCGUUCAGGCCUCAGGAAUCAAAACGAGAUAGAGACUUUUCAAAAAGUAGGAUUAAGAUACCUUUUACAUGAAGAUGUUAUAUGCUGGCAGAUAUGGGAACAAUUCACAAGUAAAUUAGCCAGAAAUCAAGACUCAAUGAUAAAUAUGCAAAGCAAGAAGUCCAAGUUGCCAAAACUAGGUGAUUCCUCCUGUCAGAUAUGGGCAAGAGAAUCUCCUCAGGUUUCUGAAGAUGAAAACUAUGUAAUAAAGCUUCAAGGGGAGAGUUCCAAUAAUAUCAGAAGUCAAGAGCUUCCAAUUAAGACCACUGGGGAUUUCUGGAAGAAAAUCUAUCUGAGAGAGUCACACAACUAUCAGAGUAGGUGUCAGCAAGUUGACGUAAAAAAUAAACCGUGUAAGUGUGACCAUUGUGUUAUGACAAGGAUCUCACAUCAUUGUGAUGAUCAGGAAGUACACAAAAGCAAGAAGGCUUAUAGCCACAAUAACUGUGGAAAAGACUUCAUGAGGAAAUCAUGCCAGCAUAGUAUAACCCACUCAAGAGAGAAGCACCACGUAUACAGUGAGCAUGGGGAGGACAUCGGUGAGAGCUCAGUGUUUUGCAUUUGCCAGAGUAUUCAUGCAGGGGAGAAAUGUGGUAGGAAUGGUAAGUGUGAUGGGGUCUUCAGUCAGGGCUCAGACCUGCAAAAUCAUCAGGGAGUCAACAAAGGAGAAAAGCCCUACAAAUGUCAGGUAUGUGCUAAGAGCUUCAGUCAGAACUCCUGUCUUCCCACCCAUGAGCCCCUCCACCUAGGAGGGGAUCUGUAUAGGUGUGGCAUGUAUGGGAAGAGCUCCAGUCAUAGCCUAGAUCUCAACGUUCACUGUAUAGACGACACUGGAGAGAAAUCCUCUAAAUGUGAGAUGUGUGAUAAAGGCUUCAAUCACACAUCACAACUUCAAGCCCAUCAGAGAGCCCACCCUAGAGAUAAAACCUACAAAUGGGAGGCAUGUGACAGGCUAGUUAAUCAGAAUCCUGGUCCUCAUCAGAGAGUUCACAUUGGAGAGAAACCAUAUAAAUGUGAGGUAUGUGGGAAGGACUUCAGUAAGGCCUCAAAUCUUCAAGCCCAUCAGAGAAUCCACACUGGAGAGAAGCCAUAUAAAUGUGAUGUGUGUGAUAAGAACUUCAGCCGGAAUUCCCAUCUUCAGGCCCAUCAGCGAGUCCACACAGGAGAAAAACCAUACAAGUGUGACACAUGUGGUAAGUACUUCACUCAGAUUUCACAUCUUCAGGUCCAUCAGAGAGUCCACACAGGAGAGAAGCCAUACACGUGUGAGACAUGUGGUAAGGGCUUUUGUCAGAGUUCACAUCUUCAAGACCACCAGAGAGUCCACACUGGAGAGAAACCCUACAAGUGUGAUAUGUGUGGGAAGGGUUUCAGUUGGAGCUCCCAUCUUCAAGCCCAUCAGAGAGUCCAUACUGGGGAGAAACCCUACAAAUGUGAAGAAUGUGGGAAAGCCUUCAUCUGGAACUCAUAUCUUCAUGUUCAUCAGAGGAUCCACACAGGAGAGAAACCCUAUAAAUGUGGCAUGUGUGGUAAGAGCUUCAAUCAGACCUCACAUCUUCAAGCCCAUUGGAGAGUCCAUACGGGAGAUAAACCCUACAAAUGUUUUCACUGUGGUAAGGGCUUUAGUAAAAGUUCACGUCUGCAAGUUCAUCAGAGAGUCCAUAGUGGUGAUAAAUCCAAUACACACGAUGAGUGUGAUAAAAGUGUUUUUCAGAAUGUAGACUUCUCAUUUUCAUCAGAAAAUCCACGCAGCAGAGACUAUUCAUAAAAUACUGUGUUUUAAUAAUUCAGGAGUGAGCUGAAUUUUUUUAUAGUCCUCUGAAUUCCGCUGGAGGAAACUUAUUUGUUGUGUGAGUGUAGCCAGUGUUUCCAGCAGAGCUCAAAAUUUCACAGUCCUCAAGACACAGAAGCUGUGAGAAUGGUGCAGUAAGUUUCAGUCAGAACCUUCACUUUCAAUCUAAUCAACACAGGAGAGAGGGCUUAAAAAGGAUAAGUAAGGUCAGGACAUUAGCAAAAGUUUACUGAUGGACAUGACAAAUCCAUGUCCACUAGAAGAGAAGCUCCAUGGGGGCAGGAAGUUUGCUUACUGCUGAAUGACCAUGACCUCAAACCAGUGCUUAACAAACAGUAUAAAUGUCUAACUUGGUGGAGAAGAAAACCUACUAUAAAUAAGACAAAUACUUAAAAAUUGACCCAGUUAGUCAUAAUCAGUUGUACCAAGAAAAGGAUUCUUUAUUACUAUUAUUAUUAUUAAUUUAUUUGAGAGAGCAUGAGCAGCAGGGGGAGGGACAGAGGGAGAAGCAGACUCCCGGAUAAACAGGGAGCCCAACACAGAGCCCGAUCCCAGGACCCCAGGAUCAUGACCUGAGCUGAAGGCAGAUGCUUAACAUACUAAGUCACCCAGGCGCCCAGGAAAAGGAUUCUUGUUAGAAGUUUUAAAACAACUGAAGGAAGUGACAACUUCAUAAAAAUACAUAAAAUCAUGCGACUUGCAA